CAGCAGUCGCGAGGAGGAGGAGGAGGAGGAGGCCGCCGCAUGGAGGAGCCGGGCCUCCGGGAGGGCGCCGAGGCGGCCGAGCUGCAGCGCCUGGUGGCGGCCGAGGAGCAGCGCGCCCGCUUCACCGCCCAGGUCCACAACUUCAUGGAAGUCUGCUGGGAGAAGUGUGUUGACAAACCAGGCUCCAAGCUGGACUCCAGGACUGAAGCCUGCCUGGCCAACUGUGUCAACCGCUUCAUAGACACAACAUUGUCCAUCACCAACCGCUUUGCACAAAUAGUGCAGAAGGGAGGACACUGACCACUUCAGUUCUCACCAUGUGGAGUUCCACAUUGGUCAACAGACUUAAUAGUACGCUGCCUACUUGGUUGGAAGUUCUACUCCAGUGCAGAAAUGGAUGACCAGCCCUUCAUUAUGAGACUGUAACUGUUAGUUACUGAGUGGCAUUGAACUGGAACAUGUGGAACAACCUUUUGUGUACAUGCACCAUAAUAAAGUGGGAAACUUGUUCAAACAAGUUAACCUCAUAUAGCAGAAA